AACGGUGGGUGUCAGACUGUUCAUUGACAAAUAACUAAAUAGAAAAAUAAGAAAAUGUCGGCAUUGUCUGUCAAGGACUUAAACCAAUUGUUAACUAUCUUAGAUGCCGAAAACGUCGCCAACCAAAGUGUUGAGGCCCUGGCAUCUCAGUUGGGAGUUUUCAACAAACAAGAAUACUUCAAAGUUGGUAACGCGUUAGUUAUGCUUCUUCAGAAUGCAGAUCUGCUACCAUCACCAUCACAGAGACUGGCUGCAGUGUUAUUGCUGCAUGAGCUUUUCAAGCCAGACGCUCAAAAUUUCCAUCCAUUCUCCUCAGUUUUUGUACAGCUACUUGCUGACGAAUCUUUAUCAGCAAAGAGACCAGAGUCAUACAGACUACCAAAACUAAGCCCCCCAGAAAAGAUUUAUUUAUCACACCUCAUAACUAAUCCACAGAAAGAUAUGUACAAAAAAACUCUACGACAGAUAUUGAAUUUGGAGACCACAAACUCAAUGGCUGAUAUUUCAGCCCUUCAAACAAGUGUUUCAGAACGACUUUCUGAGUAUACUUUAGAAAGCAAAAGUAGAGUGCCAGCUGUCCUCUCUAUGCCUGACAUCCGAUCUGGCUUCGAACCCAUACUUCCGGAUAGCAGUGCAAUCAAGAAGACGGCCGAAGCUCUCGUAAGCGGACCUAACGCCGCUGUUCAACAGUCUGUGAGCCCAGAAUUUGUUCGCUUGGCCCCUCCUAUAUUUUGUCCAGACGAACUUGUCUGGCUCGACCCGAUCGGUGAAUCCGACUACAUGAUCGCGUACGACACCACAGUUUGCAUACCUAGAGGGGCUGGAUCAGAAGCUCGUCGAUUGAUUUCGCAAGCCUUUACCGGUUCCUUGACUUUACUUCAACAGAACAGACUGCUAAGUGAAUUAGAGAGAGAUUCUCGUCUAGUCUAUCAUGUCGGAAUCACUCCAAACAAACUACCUGCCCUAGUGGAGAACAACCCACUUAUCGCUAUUGAGGUGCUUCUCCGACUGAUGCAGUCUUCCCAAAUAACGGAAUAUCUGAGCGUACUCGUUAAUAUGGAAAUGUCUUUGCACUCGAUGGAAGUAGUCAACCGAUUGACGACAGCCGUUGAAUUACCAACUGAAUUCGUCCAUCUAUACAUCUCGAAUUGCAUUUCGACCUGCGAAACAAUCAAAGAUCGCUAUAUGCAGAACCGUUUGGUUCGUUUAGUUUGUGUCUUCUUGCAGUCACUCAUUCGCAAUAAGAUAAUUAACGUUCAGGAGCUGUUUAUUGAAGUGCAAGCAUUUUGUAUUGGCUUCAGUCGCAUUCGCGAAGCAGCUGCCUUGUUUCGUCUGCUCAAACAACUCGACAGUGGUGAUCAAAGUGGCCUCAAUACCACUUCGUCCAUCGCUACUUUUCCCGGCCUGUCCUCACUCUCAGCCCCUUCGUUCAAUUCUCAGGCAUCACCUGUUGCAUCAGCUGCCAAAGGUAAAGGGGAAUAAAAUUGUUAUUAUUAGCGAUGGCGUUAAAUCGUCUAUUCGCGUCAUAAAUGAUGAAACAACAGAAGGCUUCGUACUAU